AUGGCGCACUUUGAGAUCGUCAUAUUUUCUCUAGCAGCUUUUUGUUUUUUUGUUGCUGAGACUGAAACGAGUCCAACAGUGGAAUCUACCACAAAGCCUGAACCGCUAGCUGCUUCGUCAGAGGAAACAGGACAAAUUCUCAAGGAAAAGGAAGAUGAAUUACUUGACCACUUAAGUAGUGAGUGUCCAUGCACACCAAAUAACAUUUGGCUUGAUCUAUUCUUCCUUCUCGAUUCUUCUUCUGCAAUGACGCGAAGUAGUUUUCAGUUCGUUACCGCAUAUGUGGAAUCUGUACUUUACCAGAUGUCAGUUGGGUUAAGUGAUGGACAAGAAACACGAGUUGGAUUUAUUACUUACGGCAAAAAUGCGAAACUGCUCUAUAAUCUUUCCUUCUGGGACUCCACCAACAAACUAGUGAAUUAUAUGAAUUUAUCCUUGGAGAGUAGCUUGGGAACAGAUAUUGAGGGUGCUAUACGACUAGCUGAAGCCAAUUUUAUCCCGCCUCAUCAUCGUCUCAACGCCAGGAAGGUUAUAGUCAUCAUCGCCUCCGCAUUUCAGAGUGGAACUUACCAUGAUCCUAUGGUGGCUGCUAACACGUUUAAAGAAGAUGGCGGCAUCAUUAUUACUGUUGAAUAUGUGCAAGUUCAUGGAGAUCCGGUUCCUUUGCUUGACACUUUGGCCAGUCCUGGAUAUACUCUCACUAACCGCUAUAGCAAACUUGAUUCUUUGGACCUUAUUCGUUUAUUCUGCAAAGCUAAUUGCUUCUGUCCUACCAACUACAAACCAUACAAAAUGAAAGACAAUAUACCAUAUGGAGGAUGUUACAAAAUUUCAACACUUCCUGCUAUUCAGAUGCUGGCUCAAAGAAGUUGCAAUCGACAUUUCAACGGGUCACUUGCGGUUGUACAAAGCCAGGAUAAAGCUGAUUUCCUUCUCAACAUGAGGCGCUCGAAUUCAUCAUUUUGGAUUGGUCUGAACUACAAGGAUCGAGGUUAUCAUUGGAUUAACGGAGACGAAUUGAAUAACGGUGACUUCAAAGCGUGGGCUUUCGGUUAUCCGGAUUCCGAGCAGGGAGAUUGUGUGAAGAUGCAGAGAUGCGACACUUGUCAGGGAAAAGUUGCAUGGUUCAACGAGCGCUGCGGAAGGGACCUCGUGUAUGCGUGCCAAACCACAGCUUGCAGUACAGAUCAUUACUGUCCUCACCUGAGAUAA